CCCCGCUUCACUUCUCGUCUCUUCCUAUUCCUCACCCUUGCUUGCGCUCGCUUCCUCUUACAAGAGAUGUGUAUCGAAGCUCUUCAGUAGCUCAACCGACUGCCCCACCAACGACCCAGACACCAAGUCCUCAACCCGACCUCGUCAUUCUGCAGAUUCCCCCGGAUUCUACUUCCCACCCCGAAAGGAUUCAAAGACGAAAAGCAAGACAAACACACACACACACACAACAUACACACGCACUAACACUCCCCUACACACACACGCAAAAUGGACGCCGCAUCCCAAGGCGACGCCGCCUGCACCCAGUCCGACUACCCCCGCGCCCUCCUCCACUACACCACCGCCCUUCUCGCCUCCCCACGUGCCCCGGCCUACUACAUCAAACGCUCGACCGCCUUCUCGCGGCUGAAACCUGCCGACUCGCUCGCGGCGUUGCGGGAUGCCGAGGUCGCGGUGCUCCAGGCCCGGGAACGCGGCAAGCGGGAGUUGAUCCUCGCGGCGCAGAUGCGACGCGCGGUGGCGCUUUUCCAGCUGGGACGGUUCGGGGAUGCGGGGUUCGUGUUCGGAUUGGUUGACGAGAAGGUGAACGGUCCUGCGGACAAGGCGAAGGCUGCGGACGGGAAGGGCACGGGGGUCGAGGACAAGCUCAUGAGUGCGAUGUCGGUGGCGAACAAGCCCGCGGGUUCGAAGAAUGGGUUCGAGCAGGAGUUGCCGAUCUGGUUGCUCAAGGUCAAGGGACGGUUGGGCAAGUUGGCCGAGGAGGGGUGUGCGGAUGAAAAGGUUGUUGGGGUGACGGUUGGCGAGGUGCCCGAGGGGGUCCAGGUGCCUACUGAGAGGGAGUUAAGAGGGCAAUUGGAGAGUUUGAAGGGGGGCAAAGCUGUGAGCAGCCAAGACGGGAUUGUUGCUGGUGGGAAGGAGAGUGCUGGUGCUGGUGCUGGUGCGAAGACGCCUGCUCCUGCUCCUGCUCCUGCUCAUGCGGCGGUGACCACUGCUGCUGCGACGGUCCGCCAUGAGUGGUACCAAUCGCAAGACCAGGUGGUCGUGACGCUCUAUAUCAAGGGUGUUCCCAAGGAUCGAUUGGACGUGGAUCUCAAGAGUGACUCGGCCUCGUUGCAGUUCCCCCUCCCCUCCGGUGCUCAAUACGAUUUCACCCUCGACCCGCUCUUCGCCCCGAUCGACCCAUCCGCCUCCAAGGCGACCGUCAUGUCCACCAAGAUCGAACUCGUCCUCCGCAAACAGACCCCCGGCCAGAAAUGGAGUGCCCUCGAAUCCACCCCGUCGACGAUUAAGCUCGCGGAUCGCCAGGCUGCGACAGCUGCUGCCGCCGCCUCCUCAAUGGCCGCUGGCAACCCCAACACAGCAUCUGGCCCAGCAUACCCGACUUCCUCCCGCCAUGGCGCCAAAGACUGGGACAAGCUCGCCUCCACCCUCACCGCCAAGGCCCCCAAGGAUUCCCAACCCGACGACAAGUCUGUGGGUGACGGUGACGGUGACGAUGAAGGGAAUGACUCCGAUGGCGGCGACGCGGUCGAUUCGUUCUUCAAAAAACUGUACGCCAAUGCUGACCCGGAUACCCGGCGCGCUAUGAUGAAGAGUUACAUCGAAAGCCAAGGCACAUCGUUGAGUACGAAUUGGGAGGAGGUCAGACAGGGGCCGGUGAAGGUAAGCCCGCCGAGUGACUGAGUCAAGUUCUCUGACUUGAUGAGAGACAUCGUCUCCCAAGGCUAUGAACCUCCAGUCUAUAAUGGGGUGUAAAGCCUGGAGUCUGGUCUGUGAGGAGGGAGGCGCGUCUCUUUUGUCUGGAUGGAAACUUUCCUUUUCGGCGGUGAUCAUGGAGUUUUGCGGGAGGUUCUGCGUUGAAGAAAAGAAAUUGUCCUUUCCGGAAUUGAUUACCAGCGGGUGUUUUCAAGGUGCAUCUUGCUUCUCCUUGCGUGUUGCGUGAAUUAUGGAGCCUAAGGGGAUGGAUGUACGUUAGCUGAUGGCUGAUGGAUCUGGUCAUGUUCGCUUUCCGGCUCCCAGGUGAGACUGGCUGCGGGCGGGCAAGAAGGUGUUGUAACUGCCAAUCCUCGUUUGAAGCCAUUAAUCUACAUUUGACAAAUUGAGAGACAAGAUACAAUGUCUAUUAUCUCUG